UAUAUCUGCAGCACAGUUCAACGAACAGUGUAUGGGUAGGCUUUCCCUAAUGGGGCAUUGCAGCACACACAAUGACAAUGAUACCAUAUGAUUACUUCUACCAUAUACAACGUUAAACAGCUGAUUCAGUGCAAAAGCAUCGAAUAACAACACAACAACGCUCUACAAAGUCACAAAAUUGCAGUAGAAACUGUUGAUUAUUUUACUUGUCAUAUGUACGGCGGACUGCAGUCGCAACUAAACUAUUAUUAGUGUUCUUAUUGUAAAUACGUUAAAUUUCAAAUUAAAUGUCGAGUUGAAUUGUUACUAAAUCGGUGCAACUAUUUUGAAACACGUAGUGCUGGUUUCUAAAAAUGAGAAUUAAAGCCAACGAGCCAAUAAAAACCUACGACGUUCGUUUAUACAUAUGUACAUAUGUGUAUACUAUAAUAUGUACCUAAAUAAUGCACUAUAAUGUAAAUAAAUAAAUAAUGGAGUAAUCAUCAGUAUUUGGAUUUAGAUAUGUAUAAAGUUUAGACUGGUGUGCAUAUGUACCUAAAUGAAUAAAGUAAAGAACUGCAAAUUAAAUAAUUAUUAAAACAACUUACGUAUAUCUGCUCCGCGUACGCGUUCUUGUGUUUACUCAUUCUGGAAAAAAAUAUAUUAUGUGAAAUCUUACAACAAACACAUAUGCACGUUAUGAAUCAACACUGCCAAAUCUAAGCAUACAGUAACACUUUGGAAAAUAUCAACAUAAAACUCCGAUUAAACAAUUUUUACACAAUUCAAUUUUAAGUUUAUUGUGAAAAACCGAAGAUCGCUGAGCAUGGAACAUUAAAAAUUUGAGUUUCAACGAAAUGGAUGAUUUUAACUUGCACGCUCUUUUGAAAUCCAACAUGACCUCUCCUUGUGAACCUCAGGAAAACGAGUACAAUAAUGGAAACUCCAAAAGCAAUGAGUUAGUUUUUGGGUCCCAACGUGUAAAUCUGAAUUCAAGCACCCCCUAUUCGGAUGCGACACAGACAAAAAAACACCAUCCAGGCCAUAUAAAAAGACCAAUGAACGCAUUUAUGGUCUGGAGCCAAAUGGAAAGAAGAAAAAUAUGCGAAAAGACCCCCGACAUGCACAAUGCAGAAAUAUCAAAAGAACUUGGUAGGUGUUGGCAACUUUUAGGCAAAGAAGAAAAGCAGCCUUAUAUAAUUGAAGCGGAAAACUUACGUAAACUGCAUAUGAUAGAAUAUCCUGAUUAUAAAUAUAGACCCCAGAAGAAGCAAUCGAGAUGUUUUACUUCUAGGAAUAAUAAUGAUAAACGCGAACGCGGAGAACAGAGUCAAAACAGUAUAAAAAAGAGAAUACCAUCUGCACCAUCUUCCACCGAGCGAAAAAGUAAACAAAGUAUAGUUUGCAGCAAUCAAGACGGAAUUUACCGGCGGAACCGAAACUCGAGAAAAAAUUUGGGCAAGGGCUCCUCCGUCAAUACAAGAAAGCUUAACAAAUUAAAAGACGCGAUUACUUUUCAUGAUCCGGCUAAAAUUUGUAAAGAAGAUAAUCCACUAAAUUAUCUACCAAGUACUUCAAGUGAUAGGAACUUUUGCAAUGAUGCAAUUAUCUGUGAUAUCAACUCAGGGAUUGUAGAUAAUUUACCUAGCAUAGAUCCCAAUGACCCGUCCGAUUUGAAUCAACUCAAAAAUAGUGCGGAAUAUCAACUUGAAGACGUUUUGAAAAUCAUUAAUCCCGAUCACUUUUUUGAAACGCAAUUUGAAUUUCAAAAUAACAAAAAUGAGUUUUCUCAUGACAAUGCACAAAACCAUGAACAACAAGUUAAUAUAAAUAAUAUUUCUCAGAUCUCAUGUUUCGAAAAGGCUAAAAUAGAAAAAGAAGACAGCAUUGUAAAUGAUGCUAAUUUACAUCUUGCCAGUCACCAUUCGCAUCAAAUACAAUAUCCAUAUGAAACUGUUAAACUUCCUAUUUUUGAUUCUAUACUAUCUUCCCGAGAUAACAAAAAUCACUCAAGUAUUAUUAACCACCCAACUGACGAUACAAAUAGUGACAUUAUAAACCAAUCGUUGUAUUGCACGGAUGAAUGCAUAUCUGAAAAUCAAGAUUCUGCUAUGCAACAACAAACCGUAACCAUGAAUAUUGAAAUUCACAAUAGCAAUCGUAUUUGCGGAAAUGUUGGGAACACUGGAUUUAUAACUGCCGAUGAUAUGUAUGCAAUAUCAAUUCCUUGUGCAAGUGUUGACAGCGAUUGUAGUAUUUUAACAUCGCCACAUUCAUCACAAAUUGGGUUAAAUAAUAUUAGUACUAACAGCGUGGUGGUGGAUACGAAUAUUGCCAAUAUGUUUCCACUAUUAAACACGAAUCAACAACCUCAACCGGAUACUCUCAACUCUUCGAACUACAAAUUUUAUGAUACCAAUGGAGCACUGCUUGCUUUUACCUAUGACGACUUACCACCGGAAUCCACAGGCAGCCACUUGGAGUUUAGCAACAGAUAUGAGUUUUCGAGUCUUUAAAGGGCGACAAAUCCAACAUUUGUUUUAUAUUUUAUAUCAAGACAUCUUUAUACUCUGCAUGCAUAUGUAGAUAAGAUGAAGUAUAUUUUUAAGUAAAUGUUUAUUUCCGUGUAACAUUUGCAUAUACGAAACCAGAUAAGUAGAGUUAUUAAGAGAGGUGCAACUGUUAUAACGGGUAGAUCAUGAAAUAUUCAGAUAAAAAAGGUAUGCGUAUGUACAUAGGUAUAAUAUAAAUAUAUUUAUGGAUAAAUUAAACUACUUUGACAACAUACAAUUCUAAAUAUCAGAGAAAUAUAACUUUUUCAAUCAUUUUUCUAGUAUUCUGCAAAAUUACUAUAAUUUUUCGAAAAAUAUGUUGUAACUAAAGAAUCUUCCAAAAAUGUACUUGCAGUAAAAAUGUCUGCUUACUUUGGAAAAUUAAAAUUUUUUUAAAGCAUACACAAAGUGUGCACUAAUAUAAGCCUGUGAACAUUUGCAACUGAAGAAAGUUAUUUUAUUUUAUUUUUUGUGAUUCGCAUUUACAUGUUUUCGUAUAAAAAACAUUAUUUCGUAAGAAAAUGAUCACCCCUGUGCAGGGCCGUAGAGAGCAUAUCCGGGCCCCGGGGAAAAAUUGCAAAUGCGGGCCCUUUCCAAUUAUGUCUAAUUUAUAUAAAUACGUAUAAUCUCGAGUCCGGGCCCCUCUGAAAACUCCGGGCCCGGGGGAAAAAGUAUCCGAUCGCUCCCCCUCUCGUCGGGCCUGCCCCUGUGUGUAUUCGAUUUCGCUACGAAUUGAAAAUCGGUAAGCUCAAUUACGAGAUGCCGUAUCGUAAUUUCGAGAUUCGUAGACCAUUUUCGAAAUUCGUUCAUAGUACGCAACGUAGCUUCCAUUUUAAAGUAUUUUAACGAAAUUAUGUAAAUUAAAUCGUACAUAAACGUUUCUUAAUCGAAGGUCACAGCAAAUCGGAUGCAGUGCGAAAAAAAUAUAGAAUAGAUGAGUAAAAUGCCAGGCAUUGCUCAAGGAUUUGCGAAAGAUUCUAAAGAGGUUGGGCAGAUUUCUUGGGACCACUAACCAGGAAAUUUAGCUUUAUCGCAAAAAAAACAUAUUUCGGCACUUUUUCUUCCUCGUUCGUCAUUAAACUUUAUCUAGACUGGACACAAUUUCGGCGCCCCAAAAUACAUAACGGUAUUUUGAGUGCUUUGCAGAACGAAGACUGGGCUAAUCCUACAUCAUGGUCAUUUCCGACACCUUGUUGACAACUUUCUUCAACGAAGAUCCAUAAAACUGCCACCAAUCGAUAUAGAGGAGUUAUUUACGAAAAUUUUACACUUGCCCAAUUUCUUCCUCCCUAACGUCUAAAAUGCUUUUGAGUGCGUUUUUGUUGAGGGGAAAUAUCUUCACACAUCUUUAACCAUUCAUCAUAUUCACGGAAUUUUUGGAUGGCACAUUUUCUUCUUCCUGGGACAAAAGUGAACCGGUUACAGAAUACAUUUUAUUUUAAUUAAUGACGAAACUUCUUUACACAUGAUUAUGGAAUGCUGGUUUUAAAGCUCACUGUUUACUUUCAAUAAUAUUUAUUUAUUUCUGUUAAAACAGCCGAUUAAAAACUUUGAACAAGUUUUCUUUCUUGGCGACGCGGUGCUAGAGCUACGAACAGAUUACUGCAUAGGGGUGAACAUUUUUUAAAAUUUACGCCGUCUUGUUGCGGUUGCGACUGCAUAGUUUGGGUAACCUAUUCAGAAAAAAAUUUGAAAGAUUAUGGAUCUUCGAAAGAUAUUUCAGUUAAAGUUAAUAAAAAUAUAUGUAUAUAAAUAUAAAGCUAAUUUGCAUAACACGUCUGACGCAUUAAGGAAACUAAUUUCUUUAACAUAUUGUACUUAUAUGUACAUUAGAGCGCACCGAAACAAAGUUCGCCGUGUAGUCUUAAAGUAUUUUUGUAAGAAAGAAAAUUUUUUUUUGUACGUACGAGUCCCCUUUUUAUAUUUUUCCAUAUAUCUUCGGCAUUUACAGUCGGAUCUUAAAGUAUAGUAUAUCCAUAUUAUUGUCUCGAGACAUGUUUUGUUUUUUUGCUUCAAAGUUUGUUGAUCUCGAGUACCACGUUCUAGUACUUACCAAAUUUUUAAUACUUUAUUACUUAAUUUUAGUAUUGCUAUUCGUUUUGUCUGUGAAAUAAAUGUUUGAAAUUAGUCUGGCAAUUCACGGAAGUUGGGACGU